CACAAAAGGCGCCACAAGAAUAAUUAGGCAUGCCGCACUCUAUACUCAGGUCUGUACACUCUGCGCUGGCGGGGAUAUAGAAGCUCCCGAUUGGCCCGAGCUCGAAGCUAUGCAACCUGACGUAUUUAUGCAAGUACGCAAUGGAAGAGAAGAAAUAGAAGCUUGGCCGUAGAAAGGCCCCGGUGCACUCUGCACAGCUGCACUUUGACACUUCUAGAGUGCUGUGCACCACGAUCCGCGACGUCUGCUCUAACUUUACCAGCCCCUAGGAGGAGUCAGUCAGUCAGCCAGCUAGCCCAGCGUCUCUCCAUCGCCCAACCUCUUUCUCGCCGAGGCACAUGGCAUCUCCCAUUUAAGGACUCUCCAGAUCCCUCUCCUCCCCCUAAACCCCUGAGGACAAGGCCAUCAUAUCGAAGCUCACGGCCAGGCAAAUGCAGUCGAGUCGAAAAUCAUGGACCAAGACACGAGACCACUAGCCUCUCUCUCCCUGACGCACGUCUACUAUGACCCCGACGACUCCCUCUCCUUCCUCUGCGCAUGGCUCGCGCUCCUCCCGCAAGCCCUCUGCAUCGUCUACGCGACCCUGAUCUGGUCCACCCGCGAGGUCGAAAUCGCCCUCAUGUUCGCCGGCCAGCUGGGCUGCGAAGCCAUCAACUUUGCCCUCAAGCGCCUGAUCAAGGAGGAGCGCCCCCGCCGCAUCCACGGAAAGGGCUACGGCAUGCCCAGCUCCCACGCCCAGUUUGUCGCCUACUGGUCCGUCUUCCUCGUCCUCUUCUUGCUGGUCAGGCACCGUCCCUCGUCCGCGCGCCGGCACCACCGGCCGUACUCGCUCGUCGAGCGCGUCGUGGUUAGUGUCGCUGCCCUGGGCAUCGCUGCGGCCGUGGCGUGGAGCCGGAUAUACCUAAAUUACCACACCGAGAAGCAGGUGAUGGUGGGGUGCUUGGCCGGGACGGUGUGUGCCAUCGGCUGGUUUUUGGUCACGGCUAUUGCGAGGGAUUUUGGGCUUCUGGCCUGGGGCUUGCAGACGCCCGUUGCGCGGUUGUUCAGGUUUCGGGAUCUGGUUGUGGAAGAAGACCCCUGCCAGGCUGGCUGGGAUAAGUGGGAGGAGAGGCGUGUGGAAGCAGACCAGCAGAAGACUAAAUAAAAUAAGCAGAGCUACGUUGGCUUCUUUCGUUGUGGAAUCCGCAGGACCUUGUGCACCGAGGCAAAGCAGAUGAAUUACCACUAGCAUCGCUGUUUUGAUUGUGUGUUGGUGGCAGUAGGCUUGCCAAUUUUUUGCACCAACCUCAUGAUACCCUCAAAUCGCCGUACGUGGCAUCCCAUGAUACCGCUAAAUGUCUGAC